AGCGAGGGCUCCCGGCACAUGCGCGGCAGUGGCGAGGUCUGUUACGACAGGCGGCCUGCUGCGGAGCCACGGCGGGCAGGGCGGAGCCGCGUCAGGAGGCGGCAUCCCAGGCCUACCCUCGCUGGGUUCCAGCCCGCCCCUCGCGUAAGGCCGAGGCCUAGCCUGAGACAACGCAUGUCAUCCACCAUCUACGCAUGGUCAUUUAUGGUACUGGGCUAAAGGGGGAGCGGAAGAAAAGAUCGUUAUUGUUGUGACUGAAAGUUGGAAGGCUUCUUGAGCAAGAGCCCAAUCCUGAAGUGCUGGAAGAGGCCAGUCAAUCCUAAAUAAGCAAUCCAAAGUAGUGAAUCCUAAGUGGUCAAGAAUAAUCCUGGAAAGAGCCAUACUGACACAAGUGAUUUGAAGACUAGUCCUGGAUGCAGGCUGAUGGCUGGGUGGCAUACAAGGAUUGCAAGCAAAUACAACAUAAAAUAACGAUAAAAUCAUAAAAUUAUCCACCUCACAGUGCAAUUACAAAAUAGCAGCAAUACAGAAGUCUCAGUGAACAGGAACCAGCCAACUAUCUGUUCAGGCCCCAAAGGCCAAAUGUAAUAGAUGUGGUCUUUCAUAUAUGCUCCAUAUUGCCUUGACAUUGGUAGUGACCAAGAACAUGAGGAAAUAUGACCACAGAAGAAGUUUGGAAUGCUAAAGAUCAAACCCUAAUACCUUUGAAGGACAUUUUUUCAGGACUGGCAUAAAAAUGACACCAUAAGGACCUAUGCUUUGAGGUCUCUACUUCUGGACUGCAUGCAGCAGCUUUGGUGGUAAGAAAGCUGAGAAAGGCCAUAGAUUUUUUUUUUAAUCCGAAGUGGCUGGAUAAGUGGAAUCUCAUCAAAGAAUUCCAAGAGGUACACAGAAUGAGAUCCACGGCAUCCAGAAAUGGACUUUCACCUCUACUUUGAGAAACCAUAGAAAAGAAAUCUUCUCUUUUGACAAAUGAUGCUUUUUCACUUUGGCUGGAGAAGAUUAUUGAGUCCCUGAAGCAGAGGCAGAACAUAAUUAAACAACAGGCUGAGACAUUGAGACGGACUGGGAUAUCAAAAAUGAGCCACACCAGCCAUGGAAAUGGACUUCCUUGGAUCUUGAUCAGGAGUGCAGUGAUUGACUAGACUGGCUCAAGAGCAAUAGAGAGACACAAAGAUGAUCACCAAUGAGAUAGAGUUGAAGGCUGGAUAUACUGUGUCAGGGGUGACUUCUAUGGAAGCACCCACAGUAAUCAGUGACGUGGGGAAACGGGGUGGACAGGUGAACUGGGAGGUGGGGGAAACUGGUUAUAACACUCCUCAGAGAAGUAGAAUUAAAAAAAAGAAGAGAUUGAGGGGACAGUUAAGCCAAGGCCAAGAUGAAAGUGAUAGUAGUUUAGAAUGUGAUGGGACACCUUAUACAAUGAGAAAGAAAACACGACUUGGUAUGUUAUGGAGUGAGCUGAUGCCUACAGAUACCGAGAGUGCUGAGGACUCAACUAGGGAAUUUCCUGACGAGGGGAUUUCAGUACUCAGUGUUGGGGGAACAGAACAAGGUGAUGAACAAACUCAGUAUGGUCUAGAUGCGGCUUCUAGCCUCCUUGCCUUUUCUUCCCUAAACAGGAAUGAUGACACAUCAGCCCAAAUUGUGAAUGUGAAUAGACCAAAUGUUAUGGACAGUCAGAGAAAAUAUCAAAACAGCAUUGAACGAGAGGCAUGGCUUAAAGAUUCCAGACCACUGAUUCUUUCAUCUGACAAUGAGGCAAAUACUGGAGCAACUUGGUAGCCGCUCUUCUAAAACUUUUAAACCAAAGAAGAAUAUUCCAGAAGGCUCCCAUCAAUAUGAGCUCCUGAAACAUGCAGAGGCCACUCUUGGAAGUGGCAACCUACGCAUGGCUGUAAUGCUGCCUGAAGGGGAGGACCUAAAUGAAUGGGUUGCAGUGAACACUGUUGACUUCUUCAACCAGAUCAACAUGCUGUAUGGGACUAUUACAGACUUCUGCACAGAAGAGAGCUGCCCAGUGAUGUCUGCAGGUCCAAAAUACGAAUACCACUGGGCAGAUGGGACAAACAUAAAGAAGCCAAUCAAGUGCUCAGCACCAAAGUACAUCGAUUACCUUAUGACAUGGGUUCAGGAUCAGCUGGAUGAUGAGACGCUCUUUCCAUCCAAAAUAGGUGUUCCUUUCCCAAAGAACUUCAUGUCGGUAGCUAAAACCAUCCUAAAGCGUCUCUUCAGAGUUUAUGCUCACAUCUACCACCAGCACUUUGAUCCAGUGAUUCAGCUGCAAGAAGAGGCACAUCUCAACACAUCCUUCAAGCACUUUAUCUUUUUUGUUCAGGAAUUUAAUCUUAUAGACAGAAGAGAACUUGCUCCACUUCAAGAACUGAUUGAAAAACUCACUUCAAAGGACAGAUAAGCAGAAGUGAAUUUGUGCAAAUCACUUGUUAGGUUUAAGCAGGCAUGUAGUGUUUUAGGGAUUUGGGUGGCAGGCCUCUACACGCUAAAGAUUCAUGGAACUUAUUCUUGAGCAAGUGUGUGGAGGCUUGCAGCCUUUUAAAUUUUGUUUUUGUUUUUAGAAAGAAAAUGAAAUCUGUGCUUGUUUUUUUAUUUGGGCAACUUAGAUCCAUUCUCUGUGCUUUUAUUAGAGGAACUCAUUUGUCUUUUAGUGAGACACACACAGUAAAUGACUUUCUGUUAUUGUUCAUUGUGUAAUCUUUUUUUAGCAGAUGUCAAGUAUGUAUAAAGGGAAAAAAUACAUGCUUGUUGGGAAAUGUGACACUGCUGGUUGUGUGGGUUUUGCAUUGCCACUUGUAGCCCAUUCUCAGAAAGUCCUUAAAGAGACUUAACAUUCUCUAAGUGCCUUGGCAGACUCUCUUCUGAGGUACAAAGCACAUACAAAGAACAUUGCUGGAAAACAUAAAUUACUACCCAGGACAUUUAUUUACACUUGUUAUAUCUAAACAAAUGUGUAAAACCUUUUUUAAAAAGCCAUAACUUCUACCAGUGAUCUCCAGCUUUUAAUACAAAACAAUGCCUUCAGAGAUGAAUGUGGGCUGUGGAAGGUGGGGAGAGAGGGGGGCUCAUUUUAAUUUCUUUUUAUGUCCUCAGAAACCUACCCAGUGUCUUGUUAUCUGUGGAGGACUAAGAAUAGCAUGGGGUUGACCACUUUCUUGUUGUUGCCUAUAUUUAUUCUGCAGACGUUAACUUUCAUUUAGAUCAGCCAGCAUAAUUAUUUUGAUGGUGUGGGAGACCAAACUAUACUGGAUGCUUUCCUACCCAAAUAAAUCAGCAGUCUUGCCGGAGCAUCAAGAAAAAACAAAAGGGGAAGUCUUUCACAAGGAACAGUAGUGAUGUUAACAAGGAACCUUUUCUUUUUUACUGUAAAAUCCACUGUAGUCAUUUUAUUGUUAAGGGUAGGAGCCGCACUUUUCUUAGAAGAAUGGGUUCCUCAGUUGUUUUAUGAAAUAAACUGUCUCAAUCCGUUUAUCAUAUGGAAGGAACCCUUGUCGUUUAAUCCACCCUGAGCACACAGUGCUAAUGCUAGUUAUACAACCAAAUGCGGCAGUUUUCUUAUAUGGUACAUUUUUUCAUGCAUUUAGAUGUUUUGGUUUGAUUUUUUGUCACACUAAUUUUGAUGUAAUUUUUGUUACUCUUAACUUUGUUUCUUCCCCUCUUUUAAAAUGAAGAAAAGACCCAGUAUCCUUUACCAGGCACCGAGAUAACAAUUCCCUGUUGGUUUACAGACAAUUAUUUAUGGAUGUUCAUGAUAGAAUAUUGAGAAACCCAAGACUUUUCUUUCUGAGAAAUUCAGAACAUUAGCAGUCUCUGAUUCUUAUGUGUUUGUAUAAUUGUCAGCUUUGAUUCAGAGUUCUCUAUACAGUCAGACAUUAGUUGCCCAUCUGCAACUUGCCACUUCUUUGAGAAAAGUGUUAAAUCUAAAACAUCAGGAUUUUUUUUGGUAGAAGCAUCGUAACCUUCACCUAUUCUUGCAUCAUAGUUUGCUCAGACUGAUUUAAAGCCACAAAUUGGUCUUUGUAGUCUGGAAGUGGUCUUCAUUCAUGAGUGAAACAUAUAUGAACCCCAUUUCACACUUUAGCAUCUUGAUGAGUAUAAAUUACAGGCAUGUGCUGUGUGCCCAGGCAUGUCCCUUCUAAAAUCUUGUGUGCACAACACCUUCCCAUAGCACAUUUUUGUAAUGUACGCAAGUUACAUAUACACAGACUGUGCUUUAAGCAUUGUUAGCAGCCUAUACAACAUGUUAUUGAGCUUAAGAAGCGCUCUUGAGUGAUUUGUAACUUGGUCAUAAAAGGAAAAACAAGAAAUGCCAUGAUUUAUCCUAGCUCUACUUGGCCUUGAUAAAUAGGUAUUUCUUACUGAUUAUACCUAAUGCAUCUACUGCAUGAAGCACCAUCAUUCAGCAUGAAAACUUACCCAAAUUGCUGAUCGUUAAUUUUAUUUCUUAAUACAUACAUGUGACAAUACUGUUACAUAUGCCAUUCUUUGUCAACGCUUGAUUUUAUAGAAAUCAUUUUACCAUCCUGAAAUUAAAUAUUCAAAUAGAAUUUUGAGAAUCUUUGAGUUUUUUUAAAUUGGACUUUGCAGAUAGUUUAUAAGUAAGGAGGUUACUAUCCAAAUUCUCCACUGUCAUCUAGCAAUUUUACUUAAUGCUGAAAGACUAUUUUCUCACACGCACACACCUUGAGUACUUUGGCCAUAAUAUCUUAUGUUACUCAAUUUUAGGUGUUGAGGUUAUAUUUUUAAGGAACUGUGUUGAAUCUUCUAUAAAAUUCUAUAAAGAUAUGAUCAGACUAAGUUUCAAAUGAUUGUGUGUGUGGGUAAUUUGGUUUGCUUUCAAUGCUGACUUGGUUGGAUAAUAAAAGGCUGGAGAUCACUGUCAGAGUGAUAUUAGUUAAACUCUGCUGAUUGUAUUAAACUUGAAAACAAAAACACUGAAAAAAUGAACAUAGAACUCUGGGUAUCUCUUUGUAUUGCAUUGGGAAUGUAAAACGUUUGGUGGUGGUCUUGAGACACAAAUUAUUUACUUUUUUUAACAAUGCAUUCAAAUGCAAAUCCAAGUCUCAUUGAUUUUUUCAUCUGACCAAGGAUCGUGAAAACUUAACACUUUUGUAUUAUUUAAAAAUCCACACAAUUAUAGUCUGAAUUGGGAUUUUAAUCUUGAAAGAAUACUCUGCUAGAUGCUAGAUUGCUUUUUUAUAUAUUAACAUUGAAUAUCCAGGCCUGGUGAACACUGGGAACAGACUUUUUAGUCAUAGCCAGCCAUUUAUUAACAGUCCCAUUAUGGAAGAAGAGCCUUAGAGCUUCAAAAGUUUUAGCUCUCAGUGUGUUCCUUUGUCUUGGUGAUGUGACUAAUAACUUCAAGAGGUAACCUACCUCAAUUAGAUGAGACCGAGUAAAACUGAUGGUCAUAAAAGUUGAUGCAAGUUCAUUUAAAAUCAGUUGUGUUGUGCUUUCUUCGGCCAGUGAUUGAUUUGAUUAAGAGAGUUUAUGUUGUUAGGACAGAAUUUGUAAUUCUGGCUACAGAAAUUAUAUGUCUACUUUGCAUAUUCAUGUCAGGGAUCCGUGCUUAUUGCAUAAAUAUAAAAAUGUUCCACAGUCUUUUAGUGGUAUAGCUGGGCUUUAGAGAGAACACGUUCAAAAGGACAAAUAGCUUUUCUGUAAGUGCAUGUCAAGUUUUCUUUUACUGCUUACUAUGCAAUGUAGAUCUCUGAAUAUUUGCAGUUACUUUAAAAUAGAAAACCAGAGGCUCAGUUUAAUAUUUUGGAACCAAAAUCUCUGUUUAAAGCUCCCUUCACAGGCAACAAGCCAAUUUGCUGCUAUUGACUCUUCUUACCUUUUUAGAUUUUUCCUUUCUUUUCCUUGAGCUCUUGCCUUGAAUUGCCAUACAAAGUUUUAUGAAACAUUUUUUUAAAAGGCUUAGGGAAUGUCUUAAACCAGCUGACACUUGCUCUUUUCCCCUGGAAUACUCUGUUGUAGGUCACAUGCCAGCCUUCAUAUUGUUAAAUCAUAAAUGAUGGACCUGCCAAUUUUUCAAAUGGGACACUCCCAUGUUGCUUAAUACAGUAAUUUCUUUGCAUUAUGUUUCUCUUAAUAGGUAAUCAUUUGGGAUUUUCUGGUCUGCAUUGCUAGAACCAUUAGCCACUUUAGGAGCAAGAUACUUAAAUUUAUGUAAAAGUUUAGUUGGUAUCUUAUUUCUGUACACAUAGUGUUCUUUUUUGAAAUAUAGUUCAUUCCUAAAAUUGCAAAGUAAUUCAAAUUUUAAAAUGCAUUUUGUUUGCUUGCUUUUUUCAAGAACACUGUCCUUUCAAUAGUAUUUCAUAGAUUACAGUAUUUUUAGGGGAAAUUAAUUUUUAUAGCCACUUAACUGUACUCAUUAUUUUUGUACAUGUAUAACUAGGUCAUUUUUGGAACACAAAUCUUUUGAAAGGUCAUUUGGUACCAUUUUUGAAAACAUUUAUUCGCAGAUGUUGUGUUGCUAAAUAUUGCCAUAAGAGUUGAUACAUUUUAACUUGCAUUGGGGGAAAAUAAAAAAGGCUUGAGUAAAUACUAGUCAUGUGUAGUCCUGGUAACAUGCAGACUGCAGACAGGCCUGCCUAAUUCCUACUACCUGCUGCUGUGUGGGGGAAGGGAGACUAGAGAAAACAUAGGACCACUUGCUUGUGUUCUCCUAACGGGGAGCACACAAGAGCAUGAUGGUUUGCUGAUGCAGACUGCAGAGUGCAACUGUUAUGGCCACAGCUUCCUGCCCAAACUAAGCUAUUUUUAUACAGCCAGCACAAUCAAGUAGUUUAGCUUUCUGGACUGUACAACCUCAGGCUGCAAUUGGUGAUGGUGAGAGGGGGAACUUGUAUCAUUACGGGGGUAGUGGUGGAAACCUCCCUGCUUUCCAUAUGUAGAGUUUCAGUUGUGGUGGGAGUAUUGAAGCAUGCAACUCACUCUCUUCCUAGCAGUUUGAAGUAGUACAGGCCAGGAAAAGCCUUAUCAUUUAAUUCUGCUGAGGGUAUAAAUUGGCUCCCUUUGUACUUGGUUUAUGCUGCAUCAGUCUUGCCUUCGUGUAUAAGCUCACCCAGUGACCCCUUUACUUCUCCAGAUCUGGUGUUGGACAUGCUUUUCGGAACAAAAGGGUAUUGCAGAUGCAACACUAUAAUCUUCAUGUCUGCUUCCUUUAAAUACUUCAAAUGCAGCUGGACAAAAAAGGCUUAAAAAUAAAAUGCAACACAGAGACCUGUACUGUAAGCAGACUGUGCCAAUAUUACUUCAGUUUGUAGUCAUUAUUGAUCAAUACUUGUUUAAAAUGAAAACAGCUUUUUGAUUAAAAAAAAGUUGAAUGUCUGAAAUUCUGCAACACUUGUAUUGGAAAGAUGUAAAUAAUGUAUACAGAUUGUAAGUGAUGGGAUGAAAAUAUAUAUAAAUUCUAGGCUUUUUCAGUAAGGAACUGAAUGCUGUUUAUAAGAAGAAAAAUAAAUAGCUAUGUUUGACCAUUAUUGCCUUUUCUUUCCCUUCUAAUCCUAACUUACCGUUGUUACUUGUAGACAAAUCUACAUCCAUUAUGUAUCUGUACAUUGUACACAUCUGAGCAUUCCACAUACGAAAUACUUUGUGUGAUUACCUCACCUGAAUGUGUGAACUAUUUGUAUUUCAAGCAAAUUGAAUAGCAAUAAAAUGAACCGUAUGUC